ACCUGAGAAAUAUGCUGACAGAACCUAUCACUUGUCCAUAGGCUUGGAGCCAACCAAAAAAUACACACUAUCAAUUCAUAGAGAUCAAGAGAAAACAUGGCACUGAGGUUGUGGGCUUCUUCUACAGCCAAUGCACUGAGAAUCUCAGUCGCCUCCACAGCUCACGUCUCUCCUUCGUACUCCCUCUCAAGAUGCUUCUCCACUGUACUAGAUGGGUUGAAGUAUGCAACUUCACAUGAAUGGGUGAAGCAUGAAGGCUCGGUGGCAACUAUUGGCAUUACCGAUCAUGCUCAGGACCAUUUGGGUGAAGUAGUGUUCGUGGACCUGCCAGAGUCGGAUGGUUCUGUCAGCCAAGGGAAGAGCUUUGGAGCAGUGGAAAGUGUGAAGGCAACUAGUGAUAUCAAUUCUCCGAUCUCCGGUGAGAUUGUUGAGGUUAAUACACAGCUUAGUGAGACUCCUGGACUGAUAAAUAAAAGUCCAUAUGAAGAGGGAUGGAUGAUCAAGGUGAAGCCAAGCAACCCAUCAGAAAUAGAAUCCUUACUGGGUCCAAAGGAAUACACCAAACUCUGCGAGGAAGAAGAUCAUUAGGAAUUUAGUAUGCUUUGGAUGUCUUAUUAUCCUGGACUAACCUGUUCCAAAACUAUAAAAAAGUUUUCUUUGAAUUCUUGUCAGUUAUAUUACAAAUCAUUUCCUACUUUUCUCCAA